AUGAUCGAUUUCGGUCAGGUGUUAACGGCCAUUGGGGAUUUCGGGCCCUUCCAGAUGCGCCUCCUGGGGGUGAUCUGCCUCCCCAACAUCUUUUCAGCCUUCCACAUGUUCGUGCAGGUGUUUACGGGUCUGAACCUUCCUCACACCUGUAACACCGACUGGAUCCGUAAACAAGGACCCAACCUGACCCGGGAGGAGCAGCUCAAUCUGACGGUACCUACAGAUAACGCGGGUGAAUACGAGAGGUGCCUGAUGUUCACGCCUGUCGAUCUGGAACUAGAGGACAUCAAAGCCUACGGGUUAAACAGUACAGUGAAAUGUACUGAAGGAUGGAUUUAUCAGGUACCCCAGGGGACCAGCACCCUCAUCACUGAGUUCGACUUGGUUUGUGACAGUAAGAGUCUGAAUGAAACCUCUCAGUCCAUCUACAUGGCCGGACUCCUCGUCGGAGCUCUGCUGUUCGGGCCAAUGGCUGACAGGUACGGCCGGCGUUUUGUCCUCCUCCUCUCGUUGCUGCUGCAGUUCUUGUUUGGUGUGGGUGCUGCGUUCUCACCUAACUUCUACGUGUACAUCGCCCUCCGCUUCGUGGUGGGAACCACCAUAUCUGGCAUCACCAUCACUACCAACAUCUUAGGUCCCGAGUGGUGUAGCAUGUCCCGCCGGUCUCUCUUCACCAUCCUGUCUCACUGUUGUUAUGCUCUGGGGCUGAUGGUGCUGUCCGGGUUGGCCUACGGGAUCCGUAGCUGGAGGAUCCUUCACCUGGUCACCUCAGCUCCACUCGUCAUCCUCGGCUUCUACUUCUGGAUCCUGCCGGAAUCAGCUCGAUGGCUCCUCACUCAGGGCCGACAGGAGGAGGCUAAGAAGAUCAUCCUACAAGCGGCGCGGAUCAACGGCAAGGAAGUUCCCAAGUCUCUGCUUGACAAGCUGGAGGCAGAGAACACGGUGAGGACCGGCAGCAUACUGGACCUGUUCCGGGUGGCAGCUCUGAGAAAGAGAACGUUGAUCAUGUGCUACAUCUGGUUCGUGAUCAGUCUCGUUUACUACGGGAUCAGUCUGAACGUGGGCAACUUCGGCCUGGACAUCUACCUGACGCAGCUCGUCUUCGGCAUCGUCGAGGUUCCCGCCCGGCUCGGGUGCUACCCGCUGAUCGAGCGCUUCGGGAGGAAGAAAUCUGAGAGCGCGAUGCUGCUUCUCGGGGGAACGUCGUGUCUGCUGAUCCUCGCCAUUCCAGCAGAAUACCCGGUUGCGGUGACUAUCAUCGCGGUGGUAGGAAAGUUCUCUCUAGCCGCGUCAUUCACGAUCGUGUACGUUUACACCACCGAGCUCUACCCCACCGUCGUCAGGCAGAACGGGGCGGGAUUAAACGCCAUGUGUGCCCGUGUGGGUGGAAUUCUGGCUCCUCUGAUUGGUCUGUUGGAUGUUUAUCAUCAUGCCAUUCCCAUGGUGAUCUACGGGAGUCUGCCGUUUUUGGGCGGGGCGCUUUGCUUUCUGCUGCCCGAGACGCGGAACACUGAGCUGCUGGAUUACACCGACGCCCUGAUGGAGAAGAACACAAAUGCAAAGAACGGAGGUUGUGGAACUGAAAUCAACAAGCAAGACGUGACCGAAGAAACAAUGAAGAUCACAGUGUUAUGAGAUGAUAUGAGAUGUUUUAAGAUGAUACAAGAUGAGAUGUUAUGAGAUGUUAUGAGAUGAGAUAUGUUAUGAGAUGAUGAGACGAUAUGAGACAUUAUUAGAUGUUAUUAGAUGUUAUGAGAUGUUAUAAGAUGUUAUGAGAUGAUAUACAGGGGUUGGACAAAAUUACUGAAACACCUGGUUUUAGACCACAAUAAUUUAUUAGUAUGGUGUAGGGCCUCCUUUCG